AUGUUGCUCUUAUUUGUAUAUACUUUGUUUGUAUUGUUUUCAUGUUGCAGGGGAAGCAUGAUGGACUCAAUACAGAUUAAUGAAGUACUACCAAGAGAAUCUGGGAUUGUCAUAGAACAGGAUGGGCUAAUAAUGCUUCAGAACGUUACGAAGAACAUAAAGCAGUUCUUAGGGGGAGAACCGGUCAAAAUUGCCAGGAUCGGUACAGCAUAUAGUAAUGUAGUCUACAUGUUUGAAAUAGACGGAAAUAGAUACAUUUACAAGGAGUUUCAAGAGUUUGAUGAGCAAGAUGAGAUGAUAAACAGUAUUAUAGGAGGGGAGCGUGUAAUAGAAUCAAACAGUGAGUUUAGGAUUGAGAAGUGUCUAGAAGGAAGACAUGCGAUCAUCAAAAGAGAUCUGAAGAGGAUUGCAUCUGAACUUCGGAAGUUCCAUGAUACACGUAUUGAAGGAGUACGGAGCUAUGAGGAGAUGGUAAAAAUCAUGCUGGUAAAAUGUAUAGGAGAGAUGAUUAGAGAAGAUGAGAAAGAAGAAAUAAGUCUUUCAUGUGUAGAGGAAAAUAUAAGAAAGAUUAGGAGCUCAUGUGAAGCAGUGCUUUCUGAUUCCGAUCGUAUUAUUUGGAUUUUGACAAAGGUGAGAGAUAAGGUGUUUGGGAUACCCAGAGGGGACUUUAAAGAAGUAAUGUGCCACAACGACCUUCAACCGGGAAAUAUACUAGUAAGUGAGUCCAGUGUUGUUUUCAUAGAUUUUGAGUUUGCUGCAAUGGGAUCGCCUGUGAUCGACAUAGCUAAUCUGUUUUGCGAAUCUGGGUACGACUACUCAAGAUAUAUGUUUGUGGAUGACUGCUUCCCAAGCACAGAAGAGCAGAUGGAGUUCAUUCAAGAAUACAUGGGAGACUCUAGAGACUGCCUGGAAAUAGUAGAACUUGUAAAUGGUGCAAUGGCAUACAGUCACUUUCUGUGGUAUCUCUGGGCACAGUGUAACAAGCGAUGCGGGUGCUCAGAACAUUUUGACUACGUGAAGUAUGGAAACUCGCGAUUGCUAGAGCUGCGUAAGAGAGGUUUUGUAAGUGCCUCAGAAUAUGAGGUGCUCCGAAUGAACGAAAGAAGAUGA